CGGCUCACUUUCCCGAAAAAGAUGUUCCAUAUUUAGGGUUCAUAAUUGGUUUUUUUUCCAGAAGUUCAAACUGUAACUCCAAACAAGAAAAGCCAAGCCAAAUUAGGGUUCCUUACUAGGUCUGUGAACAAGGAGAAACCAAAAAAAACAAAAAACUGUCCCAAACAAAUGCAAAGAGAUCCUGGGCUUAAUGCCCAAAUGGGCGGCUCAUUAGCCUGAAAUGGAAAUGAAUAAGACGGAUGUGACACUGUUCAUUUGUCUGCUGUCUCGUUGCGCACUGAGCAAACAAUAUGUGAGAGUUUGCACCCAUUGACGAGACUGGUGAUUUCCAAACGGUUUAGUACAUGAAGCCCAAUUGAGUGAGUGAGUUGAAACUCACUUUUGCUUAUCCACACAUGCCGUCACAUAUCAUUGUAUGGUUAUUGAGGCAAGUUUUAGGGGAUUUCCAUGGGAUUCUAUUGUCCCAUCAAAGGAACGAUAUUUUGGGCCGUCAGAACAGAAGCCUUCUGCCCUCCUUACAGUUUGGGAAGACUUUGCUCUCUUAACCAUUCGUUCCGUACCGUCCUGGAGAUAGGAAUUAUGAAAUGAGUGUCGUAACAUGGAAGAAAGGUCUGGCGGGUAAUAGAGUAUGUAUUGACAGGUUGCCCCUCUAGAAUGUAGAGGGGCCUUUUAACCCAGUCAACGAUUCUCUCAAAGCUCAAACGGCACAGAGGUUUUACAGCCUUUUGUGGGUGUCAUGCAUUCUGAAUGAAUGCGAUUGUUGCCCUUUAGGUAUCAGGCAGGUGAGUGGGUAUGAUAUGAUAAAUCCUAUAAGGAAAAAAGGGUUGUUGGAGUGUGUAUGACAAAUCCAUCGGUUUAGGUAAGGGAGAUGCAAUGAACCCGGAGGAUCCUUUGAAGAGCCUUUCAUUCGACUACUUGAAUCUUCUCAUAAAUGGGCAGGUUUUUAGUGAUGUAACUUUUACUGUGGAGGGCAGGGAAGUUCAUGCUCACAAAUGUAUUCUUGCUGCCCGCAGUCCCUUCUUCCGGAUGAUCUUCUGCAACAACGAGGCCACGAAUGAACAAGGUGGUCGGGCUGCCACUUCUGGUGCUACUCCUAUUCCUGUUGGGGUUGUUGGGUAUGAAGUUUUCAUGUUGGUUUUGCAGUUCUUAUACAGUGGACAGGCCUCCAUAACUCCACAGAAACAUGAAACCAGGUCAAGGUGCAGCGAGAGAGGAUGCUGGCAUACCCACUGUACAUCUGCUAUUGACCUCGCCCUCGAUACUCUCACUGCUGCUCACUUCUUUGGGGUCGAGCAACUCUCUAUUAUCACACAGAAGCAGCUAGGGAGCAUGGUGGAAAAAGCAUCGAUAGAAGAUGUUACAAGGGUUUUGUUGGCAGCGAGGAAGCAAGAUCUGCAGUACCUGUGGAACACAUGUUCACACCUGGUGGCCAAGUCUGGACUACCCUCUGAGGUGCUCACAAAGCAUCUUCCAGCAGAUGUGACAGCCAAAAUAGAGGAAAUAAGGCUAAAAUAUUCUAGUUAUGAAAGACCCUUCCGUCGUGUACUAGCACCCAACGAAGGUAGCAGCAGCAGCAGCUCCAUGGAGAUGGAGGAUCAAAGGAUGAGACGCAUGCAACGAGCUCUAGAUUCGUCAGACGUGGAGUUGGUGAGACUCAUGGUGAUGGGCGAAGGGCUAAACUUGGACAAAGCCCUAGCAUUGCAUUAUGCAGUAGCCAAUUGCAGCAGAGAAGUAGUAAAGGCAUUGCUAGAACUAGGAGCUGCAGAUGUGAACCACCCGGGACCCGAAGGAAAAAUGGCUCUCCAUAUAGCUGCCGAAAUGGUGAAUCCUGACAUGGUGGCAGUUCUGCUGGACCACCAUGCCAAUCCCAACGUCCGGACUUACUCUGGCGCCACUCCCUUUGAUAUUCUCCAGUACUUGGCUUCUGAGUUCCUCUCCAAAGGAGGAGGAAUGGGCAUUCCUCAUGUGGAGCACAAUAAGCUUCGCCUAUGCCUUGAACUCCUUCAAUCUGCAGCUCUAGUCUUGUCCAGAGAUGAAGAUGAGUCAGCCAACACAUCAUUAAAACUCCAAGUUGAAACAACGGCCAUGACUGCUAAUCCUGCUCAUAUUACUUCUUCUUCGGUAGCAGCUUUUCCUGUUGGUUCCAGCAGUAAUUUGAUGCAGGGUCAUUCUGGUUCUAUCCAUAUGAAAGAAGGAAGUAAUCAUCUUGGUAAUCUGGAUUCGAGAAUACUAUUUCUGAACCUCAGUGGUCAAUUAGACUGCAAGGAUGGUGGUGCAGGUGAUAUCAAUCCAGCACACACUCGGUAGGGAUUACACAGUUCAUUUGGCUCAUCUUCUUUAUUACCCAUAACUCAUCAUGACGCAUUAAUAUGGAGUAAGUUAACAUCUUGUAGAUUUCCAAGAUUUUUGAUCUGUCGUUUAGCCAUAGACGCUGUUGUCAGUGAUAGAGGUGGGUGGAAAUUCAACCGUAGUUCAACUCCUUCUAUCAUGUCAAAAAGUGAGUCAAGUCUUAUCAUAAAACAAUCUAAAAUGCCCUCGUUCAAGCCAACAAUUAAUUGCAGACACUUUUCUGUACUAUCAUUUUAUACUAAUGUGAUUAUAACAUGAAUCAUGUCUUUGCA